UACAGGCCCUGGAGCCAGCCACAAGCCUCAUGUGACUUAAUGUUUAUGAGAAUUGUAACUUGAUGCGGGAUAAGAUGUUUCUAAAAUUAUUUGGGAUCAUUCAGCGGGAGGUGGCACUGGGGAAAAGAGUUUGCGGCACAAGGUUGUAAAGAAGGAGACUGAAGGAAGACCAGCAAGCAGAAGGCUAACGAUUCAUUUAAAGAAUUCUCAACAAGUUUGUUGCACUCUGCAGAGGGGAUGAACUUUGCGGUGGGUUACAAGGCCUUGCUGGGGGACACAAACACCAUGGACAAUUUGGAGAAGCAGCUAAUCUGCCCCAUCUGCUUAGAGAUGUUCACCAAACCGGUGGUGAUCCUGCCCUGCCAACACAACCUUUGCAGGAAAUGUGCCAAUGAUGUCUUCCAGGCUUCUAAUCCUUUAUGGCAGUCGAGGGGUUCCACCACUGUGUCCACUGGAGGCCGUUUCCGAUGUCCUUCUUGUCGUCAUGAGGUUGUUCUGGAUCGGCAUGGAGUCUAUGGACUGCAGAGGAACCUUCUGGUUGAGAAUAUUAUUGACAUUUACAAACAAGAAUCCUCCAGGCCAAUCCUCACCAAGUCUGAGCAACAUCUGAUGUGCGAGGAGCAUGAAGACGAAAAAAUCAACAUCUACUGCCUGACCUGUGAAGUUCCCACCUGUUCCAUGUGCAAAGUGUUUGGGGCUCACAAGGACUGCGAAGUUGCUCCCCUACAAAACAUAUACAAGCGACAAAAGUCUGAGCUGAGUGAUGGCAUUGCUGUGCUGGUGGCAGGGAACGACCGUAUCCAGGCUAUGAUUACUCAGCUUGAGGAUAUCUGCAAAACCAUCGAGGACAAUGCACGGAGGCAAAAACAGCAGCUCUGUGAGAAGUUUGAUUCCCUUUACAGCAUACUAGAGGAGAAGAAAAAAGAACUUCUAUUAAGUAUUACUCACGAACAAGAAGAAAAGCUCAGCCAUGUGCGGUCCCUUAUCCGCCAACAUGGAGACCACCUUGAAAAAUCCUCUAAACUUGUAGAAACCUCAAUCCAGUUCAUGGAGGAGCCUCAGAUAUCAGUAUUUCUUCAAAGUGCAAAGGAGCUAAUUAAAAAGGUCACUGACAGUGCAAAAGCUUCCAGUAUGGAGAGGACAGAACCCGGCUAUGAGAACAUGGAUCAUUUUGUGAUCAACACUGAAGAUGUGGGGGAGAUGCUGAGAACUAUAGAUUUUCAAACAGUCUAUCAGAUAGAUGAUGCUGAAGUUGAAUAUGAGGGUGAAGAUGUGGAAUUUAAAGAAGAAGAGCUGUUGCAGAAAAGUGCAGAGGAUUAUCUUAUUAGGGUUCAAGCCCUCUGUGCUAUUCUUUUAUUAGGUCACUUUCAAUAAAGAUGGACAGUGGAUCCAAUGCAGCAUGAGAAGAUAUCAAUUUUUAGGUCAACGUUAAACUCUGUAUAUAAAGUCAUUUGAAUCCAUGUAAACUCAACCUUUCCAGGGGUCAGCAUGUAUUAAUAUUUUAUUGUUUUGCUGCCUAUUGAGGUAUUUGUAGAUACUCUGUGAAAUGAAAUGAAUAAACUUGUAAAAAUUA